GUUGACUUAGCUGGAAGACAAGUGUACAACACUUAUUGAGGACUGUCUUACACACCAGCUUUCAUAAAAAUUGCGACAUUGAAAAACAGAAUUCGGUAGAUCGAUAAAUUAAUACAGAUUUAAAGGUAAAUUGUUUUCUCGGAAUCAAGUGAAAGUAAAAGUUCACUGCAGACUAAAACAAAACAGAAAUAACACAAAUAACAAUGGCUGAUUUCUAUCCUGAAAAUCGCGAAGUAAAGGAGCAUAUCAAACGGGAAGUGAAAUGGUUGGACGAUAAAGAGACACUGUUGGAAGAGAUAGAAUCUCUAAAAGCACAAGUACAACAACUGCAGCAACAACAAAGAGAUGAUGAAAACAAAUUGUUGCACAAUGAAAACGAAGACUUGAACACAAAACUUGAUAAUAUACAGAGAGAGCAAGAAGAAUAUGCCCAAAAUAGCUUGAAAGAAAUAAUAGACAAAUAUGAACAGCAGCUGCUCGCUGAGAAAGAAGAAGCACUUCGUGAAAAGAAUGAGUUGCAAGAAACUUUAAAAGAAGAAAUUGUAGAAUUAAAGAAGAAAGUGGAAGAAAUGGAAAAAGAACGAGAAACUUUAGCCGAAGAAAGGGACAAAACGAACCAGUCGUUUGCAGAGUUAGAAGAAACAGAAUACAACGAAGAAGGGAAUGACAAUUUCUGCCCUCUGAAUGAUAAAAGUCCAUCAAUUGAAGAACUUCAGCAAGAACAGGAUUUCGAAGUAAUAGAAAACAACGAAUUGUUUCAUUCUUUAAAAAUUGAAAAUGAAGAAUUGAAGAAGAAAGUGGAAGCUAUGGAAAGAAAAGGAGAAUUGUUAGCCAAUGAGCUGAAAGAAAAAGAAGAAAAAUUUAAACUGUCGCUUGCCGACUUACAGAAAAAUCAUAAUAAAGAUCACAAUGAAUUUUUAUGCUCCCUGAAUGACAAAAACCAAUCGAUCAAUGACUUACAAGAAACAUUAAAAGAGAAAAAUGAAGAGUUGAGCGUGAAAGGGGAGGAAAUUGAGAAAGAACGAGAAAUAUCAGAGCAAUCGAAAGAAGAGAACGAGGAACUAAAAAAGUCAUUUGCUGAGUUAGAAAAAGAGCGAGAUGAAAAGAAAAGUGAUAAAAACGAAUUGAUCAAUGACUUACAAGAAACAUUAAAAGAAAAAAAUGAAGAAUUGAGCGUGAAAGUGGAGGAAAUUGAGAAAGAACGAGAAAUAUCAGAGCAAUUGAAAGAAGAGAACGAGGAACUAAAAAAGUCAAUUGCUGUGUUAGAAAAAGAGCGAGAUGAAAAGGAAAAUGAUAAAAACAAAUUGAUGGAAAAAAUUCAAAAGAAACAGGAAGAGCUGGAAACGAACGAAGAAAAAAUUCAAAAAGUACAAGAAAAGAACAACCAAGUUGAGGUUGAAAGUGCUAGAAUAAAGAAACUUUAUGAUGAAUUAGCGUCCAUUUACGAUGAAACUGAGCUGGCGCUGGGAAAAAGAAAGAGCCAACUGAACGAAGCAUUGAGAAGUCUGAAAGAAUUAAGACAACAACAUGAACAGAUUUUCAAUGAAAAGUUGGAAAUGCAGAAGACAAUAGAAAGGUGUAAUGAGAAAAUUCAAAAAAUGCAGAACGAAAAAGACGAAAUGGAAAACGAACUUAUAGUGUUCAGAAUACAACUGAAAGAGUUAACAAAUCAAGAAGAAUCUUUGCUUGAUAAACAACAAAAAACGGAAAACAAACUGAAGGAACGUGAUGGCAUCAAAGAAAAAUUUCAAGACCUGAAGAGAGAGGAUAUUGAAAGUAGCGAAAAAGUUGCUUCGUUGAAUAAAGAAUUAAAUGCUCUCAGGGUAGAAAACCAUUCAUUGAAGGAAGAGAACAAGGUUUUAAAAGAAAAAAUUUCAUCUGGCAUUUCUCCGGACAGCUUAUUAAUGUCGAGACAAGAGACAAUGCAGAAUAAUGAGCAAGAGACGAUGAUCAGCAUCGAUGAAAAGCAAUGGUACCAGAAUGAACCAGGUGACAAACUGUUCGCCAAUAUUUAUGGUGAGUUGAAAAACCAAUUUGGCAACGUUAACAUCUGCAGAAAGAGGAGAAGUCAAAGCAUCACGCUACUCUUCACUCAUCAAGGACGUAAUGUGUCUCUGUCUUUCCCACAAGAUUUUCCUCGUAGUUGUGCGAGUAUGAAACUGAGGAAAGAUUUAUUAAAUACCCAAGAUUUCAACAUACAAUAUAACCAAAGCCAACACGCGCAGUUUUUUCAUGAAAUUUUCAGUUAUUUGAUAAACGCUGCAUAAGAGAACAGAUAUAUGAUGGUCUUGUAGCGUAUUUUGGACACAAAUAAUUAGGUAUUAGUAUUAAACAAUCAUAGCUGUCAAACUGUAUCUGGCUAUGAGUUUUCAAAAAAGCAAUGACCAGACGAAUUUUAUUUUAAUAUAUUUUAUGGAUAGUCUGACGUAUACUUGACGUAUAAGUUAUGUAGCCCGUAUAUAGCCCGUAUACUUGACGUAUAAGUUAUGUAGCAUGUAGAAUAUACAUUUAAGUUUAAUGUAAUAUUUAAGUAUGCAAUUUGUCUUUCGUAGAAUCACGUUAGAGAAUUGAGAAUAAUUUAUAAAUGGUUUAUUAGCCAGGACGUUAGAUUUAAUAUUAAAUGCUUAAAAAAAAUUAAAAGAAACAUAGGACUGUA